AGGAGAAUGCCAAGUUAAAGGAUCGAGAAGCAGCGAGAGUGAAUAAUGCCGUCUUCAAUAUCCUUACAUUCUGUGUCAGCUAUAGCGUAUGGUUUCCGCUACCGUGCGCCUUUAAAGCACACUUGUUUAUUAUACGCCCAUCAACUCCAUAGUUCUCAUCGCCAAAAAUCUCCUCUCUUCUCUUCAUCCUUUUGCCGUGUCCUAAAUCCCAGUUUCUUCACGGGAAACUCUCUCUUCUCUCGAAUGGAGCAAUUUUGGAGUGGAAGUGCCGUUAACAGAAACAAGGGAAUGACUGAGCAGUUGCGAAGAUAUGGAGUCAUAAAAUCACAGAAAGUAACAGAAAUAAUGGAAACUGUAGAUAGGGGUUUGUUUGUACCUGAGGGUACUCCUGCUUACAUUGAUAGCCCCAUGAGUAUAGGUUACAAUGCCACUAUCUCAGCACCUCAUAUGCAUGCUAUGUGUCUUGAAUUAUUGGAGGACAGGUUGCAGCCUGGCAUGCAUGCUCUUGAUGUUGGUUCAGGAACGGGGUAUCUCACAGCAUGUUUUGCUCUGAUGGUUGGACCACAAGGUCGAGUUGUUGGUGUGGAACAUAUACCAGAGUUGGUUGCGUGGUCAAUCAAGAAUGUUGAAAAGAGUGCAGCAGCUCCUUUAUUAAAAGAAGGUUCCCUCUCUUUGCAUGUUGGUGAUGGGAGGAAGGGUUGGCCAGAGCACGCACCUUAUGAUGCUAUUCACGUUGGAGCAGCUGCAGCUGAUGUUCCACAGGAUCUCAUUGACCAGUUAAAGCCCGGGGGAAGGAUGGUGAUUCCAGUGGGUACUUUUUUUCAAGACCUCAAGGUUAUAGACAAAAAAAUGGAUGGUUCAAUAAGUGUUCGAAGUGAGACUUCUGUCCGUUAUGUUCCACUGACUAGUCGAGAAGCGCAGAUAAAGGGCACUGACUAGUUGAGAAAGCACAGAUAAAGGGCACAUAAAGCUGGUUGUUUCUGGCGAUGGUAAUCUUGGUCCCCCACUUGUGUGGCAGUCCAGUUUGAUAUUUUGUACAGUUUCACACCUCUUUGCCUGUAAAGAAUGAACGAUCUGAAUGGUUCUGUAUUUAAUUCCAUGCAAAUUAUCUCCUGUAGAACCUACCUCUCUCUUCCUUGUGCUCUCUUGGCUUGUCGGUAAUAUAUUUCUUGUCUAGCAAAAGGAAUCGGUUGGUUACAUGUGUUA